GCGAGGACGCGGGCCGAGCCGGAAGUGGAGUGCGCUGCAGCGCCAGCUGGGCCGUUGGGCGGGGUUCGAGAGCGCGCAGAGUCCAGACCGGCGGCAGGGCCCGAGGGGCUCCUGGCCAACAGCGGACCGACCCGCAGCGUCCCGGGUCUCUCCAGCCCUCACUCGGAACCGCACGUGAGGGCAAAUCCGCCCCGGUGGCUGGCUUAGCACACCGAGGCCGCCCUAGGGGUGUGGGCGGGAGGGCGUCCCGGUCAGGGGAAGCACGGAAAGGUGGUUUCGCGAGGCUGUUGUGGGGGGCGGGACGGGCAGCCUGGCGAUGCCUGGACAUGGUUGGUGGCCAAAAACAUUUAUCGAAAGAUAGCUUGCCCACUUAGGUCUCGAGGACAGCGACAAGCAAGUCCUCGCCCGUAAGCGGUGGCUCACGCCUAUAGUCCAGGGAUGCCGAGCAGGGAGGAUCGCUUGAGUCCAGGAGUUGGAGGCUGCAGUGAGCCGUGAUCGCGCCACUGCACUCCACCCUGGGCGACAGAGUGAGACCCUAUCUCUAAACAAAAGAAAGAACGUCUUCAAGCAUGGGGCCAUGCAGCUGGAUUUGGUUUUCUGUCGCUCUCUCUACAGGGUACAGGUGAAAGGGGGCAGACCCCUCAUCAUGCUUUCCAGGCAUCUGCCACUUCUCAGGAAUUGUGUCCCUGGAUAAACAAGGCGAAGUCCUUGGCUGUGCAGAAGCAGUAGCUGUGUGGUGGCACAGUCAGGAAAACUCGGGGGCCCUGUUGACAGUGACAAGACCCUCCCCUCCCUUGGGCUGGACCCCUCUCUACAGCUAGGAGCCAAUGGCAGAAGACAGAACCAAACCCAGUGAGUUGGACCAAGGGAAGUAUGCUGAUGACAACGUGAAGAUCAUCUGCCUGGGAGACAGCGCAGUGGGCAAAUCCAAACUCAUGGAGAGAUUUCUCAUGGAUAGCUUUCAGCCACAGCAGCUGUCCACGUACGCCCUGACCCUGUACAAGCACACAGCCACGGUAGAUGGCAAGACCAUCCUUGUGGACUUUUGGGACACGGCAGGCCAGGAGCGGUUCCAGAGCAUGCAUGCCUCCUACUACCACAAGGCCCACGCCUGCAUCAUGGUGUUUGAUGUACAGAGGAAAGUCACCUAUAAGAACCUGAGUACCUGGUACACAGAGCUUCGGGAGUUCAGGCCGGAGAUCCCAUGCAUCGUGGUGGCCAAUAAAAUUGAUGACAUAAACGUGACCCAAAAAAGCUUCAAUUUUGCCAAGAAGUUCUCCCUGCCCCUGUAUUUCGUCUCAGCUGCUGAUGGUACCAAUGUUGUGAAGCUCUUCAAUGAUGCAAUUCGAUUAGCUGUGUCUUACAAACAGAACUCCCAGGACUUCAUGGAUGAGAUUUUUCAGGAGCUCGAGAACUUCAAGUUGGAGCAGGAAGAGGAGGACGUGCCAGACCAGGAGCAGAGCGGCAGCAUCGAAACCCCAUCAGAGGAGGCAGCCUCUCCCCACAGCUGAGGGGCUGGGGCUGGGGUGGGUGGAGCCCUUUUAAAAUACCCUUCCCUUCAACAACUCUCCAGCUCUGAAUGGAGAAACUCUCUAGGCCAUCCCCUCUUCUACCUCCUGCAACACACCCAUCCUAUUAGCCUCCCACAUGCAAGGCCCUUGAUACAGGGAUGAGGUCAGCACCAGCAAACUCUGGACUGGUGGAAGAAGUCCCCACCAGAUCUCCUAGAAGCAGAAUUAGGGAUCAGUAUCAUUAACACCUUCCCCAUGCCCUCCCCCCAGGCAGACAGUGAAGAGAAUCAGAAAACAUGACUGUGUCACUUUAAUAAAGGAAAUUUAGGUGUU